CUGCGCAAUGCAUGGUUUAAUGUGCUGGGUGUGAACUCUCAGUACUCCAGACAGUCCCCAGUAACUCUCUCUCACACCGUAACUAAUCGCUUUAUAACUCACACGUUUAAUAAAGAUAGACCCUCACACACCCGCCAUACUGGGCUCGGUGACAGUAUAGCGAGCAGAAUGCCUCUACUGGCAUUGUAUUAUGGAUCUCUUCCAUGGCGCUGGCUGGACUGCUGGACUGCUGUGCGUUCCACGCCUCGUUAUGGUCCUGCCCCGCCUCUUCCUAUUACGCAGCCAUGUGUGGUGCGCACAUGCGCAGACUGAGCCUGCAAAGCGUGCUGGGUGAGCAGGUAGUGCUGUUACUUUACAGAUUGUUUGUGGGUAUCGGGGAGCAGCUAGCUGGGUAUCAUACAUUAUUAUUAUUAUUAUUAGCCAGCCAUUCCAUACACCCUCACCAUCUCACAUUCUGCUCGGCGGCCCCACUCCUCAACCGUAUGUCAGAGUGAGGCAGGGAAAGGCUGCUUAUAGAUCGGAUUAAUCUGCUCCUUUACAGACAGCCAUCCUGUGCACAUAUACACAUCAUCUUAUUUAGGGAUUAUAUAUAUCAGAGUAUUGCAAUGAUUCCUUUUUUUUUAUUGGGUUGGUUGAGAAUGGCCAGAAUAAGUAGUAAACAGAGGAGAUAAGCUAAUAAAAACCAUCAGUGGAUUUAAAUGUUAACUCUAUCAGAUUGAUCAGUAUUGUUUCAGACCUGAGGAAGAGAGAAAACACUCUUGAAAGCUUGUCUUUAAUGUUAGUCCAAGAAAAAGGUACUUGUUUUCUUGACACUAUAGGGUCUAUAGGUCCCCCUCCUGCGGGGCUCCAGGGUUUGGAAGGGGUUAAAUCUUACCUGUUUACCGCCGCCGGGCUCCCUCGGCGUGGGGAACUCUACUCCUCCUUUUCGCCGUCAUCAGCUGAAUGCGCAUGCGCCGCAAGAGCCAUGUGCGCAUUCAGCCAGUCUCAUAGGAAAGCAUUCUCAAUGCUUUCCAAUGGACGCUGGCGGUGAGAAGCGCAUCUAGCGGCUGUCAAUGAGACAGCCACUAGAGGCUGGAUUAACCCAGUUGUAAACAUAGCAGUUUCUCUGAAACUGCUUUUUACAGUAGAAAGGGUUAAACCUAGAUGGACCUGGCACCCAGACCACUUCAUUAAACUGAAGUGGUCUGGGUGCCUAUAGUGGUCCUUUAAUGCAAUAAUCUGGUAUUUUGGCAUCUUGUCUACUGGACACUUAACAGCUAAUCCAAUCUACAUUUAUAUAUUUACAAACACAGAGCUACUCACUUUCUCCAUUUGAGCUCACUUUUACUUCAAUUGUUUAAAAGUUUUUAGCUUCGGUUUUAGCUAUUCCUCUUCAUAUUAUUAGAUGAUACCUUUUAUUUUCAAAGUUAGAUGUGCUUCUUAGUGAGAUCAGAUUCUGGUAACCUCUUUGUGAAAAUAAAAUAAUUAAUCUGGACUUUUCUUUUGAUGGUCAUUUAUCUUAAAAUGGGCUAUUCCACAUAGCCAGAGCAUUUAUUGUGCAUGUUAAACAUGGCAUUUUUCUUUUCGUUCAAAGUAAAUUGUAGUUUCAACAAGAUAGGUGCAUCAAGUCUAGGUUAUUGGUAACAGGGACACUGCAAACAAAUGUUUAUUCCAAUAAGCCUUAAUCAUGUAUACACCAUCUCCUGGUUGUUAUUUGUACACUUCAAUUCAGAAUAACAAAUGCAUAUAACUGUCAGAUGUCAGUUUUAUCUCUAUUUGCUUAAUGGGACCGUUUUUGGGGGUUUUUUUUUAUACUAAUCUCAUCACAGGACGUGAAAACAAACAACAUGCUGAAGUCAAAAACAUUUAUGAAGAAGACCCGCUCUGGAGGGAUAUUAAAGAUUGUCAGAGAACAUUACCUUCGGGAUGACAUUACAUGUGGUUGCAAAGGAUGUGAGGAGUGCAAGCAGGAAAGCCCAGUUCUACAGUUAGAACCUGUCCUACAGAGUUCGCUGUGUGCAUCACCUCACUAUCUGCUACCAGACACCAAUGUUCUGCUUCACCAGGUACUAUAAAUAUUAUAGUUAAUUAAUUGUACAGUUAUAUUGUGUAUCCAAAUUUCAUCUUAAAAGAACAUUCCAGACUCCUAAGGCACUUUAGCAUGCUGAAAAAAAGUUUUUUUUAAUUUUGGAAAAAGUACAGAUUUCCAUACAAUUUGACACUUAUAAAUUAUCUUUUUAUUAUACUGGUUAUACCCCCUGGCUUUUCAAGAAGACAACAGGUCCUGAUACUGGUUUAGUUAGCUUAUUUGCACUGAACUCAAGAAAAUGUUACCCAGAGCACCUGCCUUGCAAAGACUUCAUAUUGAGCUGCAUUGGGAAGUCUGUGACUGGACAGCCACAAAAAGUCUGGGUGGUGUUAGAAGAGGAGGACUUGCAAAGGCAGCAGACAAGAGAUCUGUAGUUUUUGCAAGCUGUUUUUAGAUAUAACUACAACGAAAAAAUGCAUGUUUUCAUCUGGGGUAUAUUAGAUAAACAUUGAUUUUUAAAAUAUAUAUAUAUUUUGUAUUUGCAGUGGUGUGUCCCUUUUUAAGAACUUUUUCCAUAGAGAAGUCUAGUGGUAUUUUUGAAUGCUUAAUUUGUGUUGGUAAUGUCACCCAGUCAUAGGAGUAACCAGUGAAAAUAACAACUGCUCUGUGCUAAAGUGAUGAAAACAAAGUUCAAAUGGGACAAAAUCACCCUGCUGUUUUCAUUUGUCAUUCACACUGCAGAAACGUCUUGAGAAUAGGGAAACUUCGCUGUCAGAGCGCUCUGAUUGGUUUACAAGCCAAUCAAUCAGAGCACUUAAACUGAUAUUUCAUUCUGUGUGAAAUUUUCUUACAUGAUGUAAUAGAUGACAUAGUGUUGGAAAGCCUUUAUAAGAACGCAAAGAUUAAUUUUAUUCCAGCGUGUUUUUAAUGGAUUUUUUUGCUCUGUGUCACAGGACGGUGGAUUUUUAUUUGCGCUUUUUCUGGGCUGGAAAUAAGAAUAAAAAAAGGAGUCCAGAUAGUUAAUGGACCCCUCUAGGCACCCAGACCACUUCAGCUUAAUGAAGUGGUCUGGGUGCCUGCUCCAGCUAGGGUUAACUCAUUUUUUUUAUAAACCUAGCAGUUUCAGAGAAACUGCUAGGUUUAUAAAUAGGUUAAUCUAGCCUCUAAAGCCUCUAGUGGCUGUCUCAUUGACAGCCGCUAGAGGCGUUUGCUUGCUUCUCACUGUGAAAAUCACAUUAUGAAUGCUUUCCUUUGAGACUGGGUUAAUGCACGCGCAGCUCCUGCCGCGCAUGCGCAUUCAGCCGGAGAGGAGGAGGAGGAGAGUUCCCCGUCUGGUGCUGUAGAAAGGUGAGUGUUUAACCCCAUUCCUCUCCCCAGAGCCCGGCAGGGGGGGUCCCUGAGGGUGGGGGCACCCUCUGGGCACUAUAGUGCCAGGAAAACGAGUAUGUUUUCCUGGCACUAUAGUGGUCCUUUAAGUAUAAAUUUUACUUUGCGGAUAUUUAUUUUAUUGGUCCUCUUCCCCAUUAUCAGGUGAGUGCGGUAGGUAUGGUCAUUUUUAUUUCAUGGAGGGGGUCUAGGGGAUUGGAGACACGUAGCCACCUACGUGCGUAGAUAAUGGUACAAUUUGUGAGGGGAAAAUAGCAUAUCUUCCCCCUCUUUUUAAAAAAAAAAAUUAAUUAUAGCCCCCACCUGCCACCUUGGGGAGGGGCACUAUAUCUUCCCCCUGAUUUAUAUAAUUAGGAUCCCCACGUGCUAUCAAUUGGUGGAGGGCACUGGGUCUCCUCAAAUAAGUUCAUGUUUGUGUGUGGUUCAUCUUUCAAACUGCCACUUCAACAUGGCUGAACAUUAUUGGAAAAUGUUUGCAAAAACAUAUGCAAUUGCAAUGUUAUCUAUAUCUAAUAUUGGUUUUCAGUUCAGUUUUUUUUUUUGUUUGUUUGUAGAUUGAUAUCCUGGAAGAUCCUGUCAUUCAGAAUGUGAUUCUGCUCCAGACUGUCCUUCAAGAAGUCAGAAGUCGUAGUGCACCGGUUUACAAAAGAGUACGAGAUAUUAUAAAUAAUUCAGAAAAAUAUUUCUACACGUUCACCAAUGAGCAUCAUAGGUAAAGUUUACAUUUUUCAUAACAUCCAUACCAUUUGCUUCCACUAAAGAGUGAACCAAAUUAAAUUCUGUUUAAUGAACAAGAUGCUUUGUGAGGCCCUCACUAAAUUCUCUACUUUUGUUAUUAUAGACUAGAUUAACCAAUAGUCUACAUACAUUUGUAGUUUAAAAAAAAAAAAAUCCUUCUUUAAAGGAAACUAAAGAGGUAAUUAACUAAAGUUCAAAUGACCCCGUACCAAAUGGGGCAAAACCAUCUGGCUAUGUGUGGGACCAUUCAGACUACAAAAAUUGACAUUGGUCACACUACUUAACAACUUCCCGAUUUUGUAAUUUAGGACGCAAACUGGACUGAAUUUGAUUUGGAUUUUAGCCAAACGCCAAUUGACGGCUGAAAACUGCCACAUUAAAUAAUUGGAAAAAUAAAAUAAAAACCCCUAUGGUGGGUAAAAAGACAUAUAUUACUAUAAGGAAGGUUUAAAGCCUCCCAGUGCCCUUAUCAGCCAUGUGGCAGGUGGGCGCAUGUCUACUAAGCUGUUAAACCUAAUGACUGGGCAGCAAACAAAUGAUGGGUUAGAGAUCACCAUUUACCACCCCCACCCUCCUAAUGGUUAGCAGGUGGGGUCUAUAAUAAAAUUUGGGGGAGGGGGGGGGCAUAGUGUCCUGGCCCCCACCCAUUGGUGGUGGUUGAGGGCCCUAACUAUAAUAAUCAGAUGAGUACCUAAUGCCCUCUCCCCGGCAGCAGUGGCCAUGUUCAUAAUCACCACAGCUCGUGCUUUAUUGAUGUGAUGGAGCGCAAGUUUGAACUCCUGUAAGCCAUCUACAUGGUGAUCAUAGCCCUCUACAGAGAAUUGAAAGAUGAGACCACAUCUGAUGUAGAUUUUCCAUAAAAUACAUAUUUGAUAGAAAUAAUUUUCCAUCUCAUCCACGCUGAGGAGGAAUGCUAAUGUUCAUGUACGGCGAGCGCCACCGCACACAUUAAGCUGAGCAUACUCGUGCGCAGUCUGGAAGACAGCCACUAGAUGCAGGCUUAACCCAGCAAUGUAAACAUUGCAUUUUCUCUAAAACUACAAUAUUUUAAAUUGCAGGGUUAAGGGGACAGGGAAACUGCACCCCAACCUCUUCAAUGAGAUUAAGUGGUCUGGGUGCCUAUAGUGUUCCAUUAACGUAGUGCAUACCAUGACAGGCUUAAAUGGCUUGCAAUUUGCUUGGUUUUCUGAAUAGGAAAUGCGUUUGAUAAUGAGAGCAUUUAUUACAUUUAAUUUUUUAUUUUUUACAUUUUAGAGAAACGUACAUUGAACAAGAGCAAGGAGAAACGUCUAAUGAUAGAAAUGAUCGGGCAAUACGAACUGCAGCAAAAUGGUAUAAUAACCACAUUAAAAAGUCUGAAAAUGUGGCUGACAUCAAGGUACUUUUAAUUACCAACGACAGGAAAAACAAAGAAAAAGCAGUGGAUGAGGGCAUUGUUGCAUACACAUGUAAGUUUAUUUGAAUUCUCUAAUUUAUUGUAUUAUGUUCUUUCCCCUAAUAAAUGUAGCAAAUUCUUUGCUGCUUCUAAUUUCCUAUAUUUUACACACAGGACUGUUGAUUUUGUAACAUGUACAUUCUAAGAAUGUGUACAUAAUCUGCUGCAUGUUAUCUUAGUGUCUCAACUCGCUCUUAAUUUUACAUCAGACAAUAUCCUAUGACAAGCUUGUCCUUGUAAGUUUUUGGGCAUUUCAACCUUUUGUUAAUAGACUCCAGUCAAUAUAUGAGAGAGAGAGCAUGUGUGUGUGUCCCUCACCAAAUAAGUGUCAGGUGCAGUAAAACACAAACAACUUAUAUUUUCUAUGCAGUUUCCCCAGAGCCUUACCAGAUAAUGGCCGUCAUGCAAUUUUUAAAUAAUGAAGAUACACAGCUGUGAAUCUGCAGAAAAAGAAAAUAUAGUUUAAUACAGUUUAUAUGUGUUACUAAGAAUGCACUCACAGGAUAUAUAAUGGUUUUAAAGCACUUCUAGGUUCCUGAACUCCCUUGAGGGCUGACCAAUGUCACCUCCACCUUAGAUUGCCUCCCCCAAGCUUUUGGUAAGUAGGUCAGGACUUUAGGUGAGUAUCAGGAAUGAAUUUAUUAAUAAUACAAUACUUGUAAAGAAAUAAAAUACAAAAGGUCUAUUUUUCUGUUAAUUCACAGCUGUAUUGCCAUUGUUUACAUUGCAUUUAGCCACGUGUCAGACAUUUUACUGUUGUCAAAUGAAUUAUGCCUUUUUGUUCCACUAUCUGCUGAAUGUGAAUUUUACUGUGGUUGAUGAUCUAAUAUUCACUUAUCAUAGUGACCUUUUUAUCCCCCAUGGAUGAGGCCAGUGUAAUUCUUAUCUCGAAAACUUUGAAUGACAACUGUUGCAAAAUAUUUAUUCUUGUUAACUUAUUUGAGUCUUUUCUUUCUUUUUCUUUUUUUCCCUUCAUUUAUCAGCAUGAUCGGAAUCAUCCACAUUUUUAGUUAGCAUGUCCAUAUAUCCUUUUAAUUGAAUACAUUAAAAUAGAACCUAUAAGAUGUUCUGAUAUGGUAAAGGUGUAAAAAUAAAAACCUUCUUUAGGGUUACAUGGUCUAAGACUCCCCCACACAGGGCCAGAUUGCGUGGAUGCUGCUUCUGUUAUAUAGCUUGACCUCAGAAAGCUGUUCUGAAAGAUACUUUUUUGCCUUUAAGCCUUGCAAAUAAAUGUCUUUCAAAAUUCCAACAAUUAUUGGCAAAAAAACACUGUUCCAUUAUCAGAGACCUGCACAAAGCCAGUAAAUACAGUACUUAUUUAAUUUGCUGUGAUCUCAGGCUUUUAGUUGAAAUUUACAACCAACUCACAAUCUGCGAUUUGUACUGAAUUCAGCUAUACAUACUACUGAUGGCUUUCUUGGCUUACACAAUUUUGUGCUCUAAAUCCCCCCCCCCCAACAUCCCAAAAGGGUAGACAUUUAGUAAGCUGUGCCUUUGACAAGUGGGGAAACCCUUAAACCACUGUAUGUAAGGAAUCUACUACACAUAAACUACUUUUGCUUUUUAUUUUCAGGUGAAGAAUACAUUAAAAGUCUGGUUGCUAAUCCUGAACUAGUUGAUCGUCUUGCCUCUGUGUCUGAUGAGAAGGUAUUAUUUUUUAUUUUUAUUUUAUAAAAGUUUAUAGACUAGCCACAUAUUAUUGCAGUUCAAGUAGUUGAAACACUUUUAUAUGUUUUGUGAAUCCCCCUUUUGCAUAAAAUCUAUACCUGGGUUUCGUCUUAUUUUUAGGAUAAUUUUCCGUUGUAUUAUUCGUGUAAAUUUUUCUUCUGCUCAUUUCAAAAAGUUCUCUUGGGUGUGAAAUUGCCGUUUGUUGUAAGGUAUUUAUCAUAUAUAUUUUAAAACUGUAGAAGCAUCCAUCUGUGGACUCUUUAUUUUGGAAAGACUGCUUGUGUUUUCUGGCUUCUAAUACUCAAAACUUUGGCAAAAAAUACAAUUUGUAGACAGAUGUAAAAACUGAUUAGUAUCAGUAUCUGAUGUAUAACGACACUGUGCACUUUAAACUAAGCAUUGUAUUACAUUGCAUAUUCAUCUGGUUAUGUUGUAAUUGAAAGGACAUGUAAAUCCCAUGUUUGUACAUAUUGAUAAUUGCAUUGUGUUUCUAAAAUGAUUGAAUCUGUGUACUACAUAAAUCAUACACCCCCCUCCUACACCGCAGCAAGGGAGGGAUGUAAGGGGGAAUAACGUACUGAUUGGAGGGCAUGCUGCCAUUUGACGCUUUUAUCAGCAUGAUGUGCGUUCUGAUGACCAACGUCCAAUAUGCACAGAAUUUAUGUUGGCUAGCAUGAACUCUUGUUCUGGGCUGGCUAAAGAUACCCCAAUGAUGCUGCCAGAGCUGAAUUUACACCUCUGGACGCAGAGGGUUUGUGAGGCAUUUCGUAACAAACCACUGCACAUACAGAAUCCAGGCAAUAAGAACACUUCAAAUCCUCAAAGUGAUCAUGGUGGUUUAAGUAACCCUUUAGGGAAAUUGUAACCUGUGCGCAGUAUGAUAAAUAAGCAGCAAUAUAAAGUAUCUACCAGAACUGUUAACAUUGAAAUGUCUGUAUACUAAAAAUUAUUUCUUUCCUUUUGUUUUCACAGAAUGAAAUAGAAAGUGGAAAGCUUAUUUUUAUAGAGCAUAUUCCCUUGUCCAAAUUGCAGCAGGGCAUAAAAUCUGGCACUUACCUGCAAGGAACUUUCCGGGCCAGCAGAGAUAAUUACCUGGAGGCUACAGUGUGGGUUCAUGGAGAUGGUGCAGAGCAGAAAGAGGUAUGGUGAGUUACACUCCCAGUCUGUCUUAGUCAAUUGAGGGCAGCGGGGUGCAACAAAAGCUUUAUUAAAUACUCCUACAUAUUACCUUUAAAGAACAUGCCACUGCCAAAAUAAAAAAUAAAACCAAGGAAAACAUGCAUGCAUUUAAUUAUGCAUUUGUCAUUGGGGAGUAUAUCUAUCAAUGCCCCUCAGUGAUGUGAUAUGCAUUCAUCAGCCACAACAUUAAAACAACUGACAGGUUAAGUGAAUAACAUUGAUUAUGUUGUUAUAGUGACAUCUGUCAAGGGGCGAAAUAGUGAUGGCUAGACGACUGUUUCACAGCAUCUCCAAAACGGCAAGUCUUGUGGGGUGUUCCCGGUAUGCAUUGCAGUUUGCUGCAUAAGGGGUGUGCAGCCACAGACUGGUCAGAGUGCCCUUGAUGACACUAGCAACGGCCAAAUGAAUGUCAUAACUGGAUCAUGGAGCAAUAGAAGAAGGUUGCCUAAUCUGAAGAAUCAUGUUUUCUUUUAGAUCAGGUGUAUGGCCACGUGCGUUUGUGUCGUUUACCUGGUUAAAACAUGGCAAAAUGGUGCACUAUGGGAAGAUAGCAGGCCUGCAAAAGCCGUGUUGUGCUCUGGGAAAUGUUCUGCUGGGAAAUCUUUGGUCUUGGCAUUCAUGUGGAUAUUACUUUUGACAUCAACACCCAGUACUCACAAACAACCAAGCCCUGCAGAAAAGCCUAAGCAUCUCAGCAAACCCACCACGUACUAACUCAAGGAACCACACCACAUCUCAUGUUACUCUUCCUCUAAAACCUCAUUCAAUACUGCUUUCUGGAAUGCACGCUCUGUUUGCAAUAUUAUUAUUAUUAUUAUUCAUCUUGUUCCCUAGAUUUACUAGCCUUAACAGAAACAUGGCUCUCCCCCUCUGACACUGCUACCCCUGCAUCUUUAUCCUUUGGUGGUCUUCAACUUACCCACAACCCAACACACUCUGAAUGUAAAGGUGGUGGUGUAGGGUUUCUGCUCUCACCUCACUGCUCCUUCAAACCUCUGCCCAACCCCCCCCUUGCCUCUCUUUCCCAUCAUUUGAAAUUAAUUUGAUUUGCCCCUUCAAACCCUUCUAUGCUAACAUUGACAUUAUUUAUCACCCCCCUGGUUCCCAUCUCCUCUUCCUUGAUCACUUUGCUGCCUGACUACCCUACUUCCUCUCUUCUAAUAUUCCAUCCCUAAUUUUGGGGACUUCAAUAUUCUCAUUAACCCACCUUUGACUUCAGCAGCCUCUAAACUACUUUGUUACUUCCUCCCUCAGGCAAUCACAGUGGGCUAAUUCUUCCACCCAUGUAGCUGGCAAUACCCUCAACCUCAUUUUCUCUUAUGCAUGUACAGUAUCUAAUAUCUGUAACACUCCAUUUCCUCUCUCUUAUCGUUUGCUCUCAAGUACCCCCUUGCCUAACCCCCCUCAGCUCAGGAGGAACCUUAAUUCUAUUGACCUUCAAAUAUUGAUUCACAACGGCUAUCCAUCCCAUCACUCUUCUGUCCCUCACUGGCCAUCUCCACAUAUAACACUACCCUCACCUCGGCCUUGAACGCUGCAGCCCCGCUCCAAACAUGCACCUCGAGGAAGACACACCCCCAACCGUGACAUACUGAAUCAACCCUAUCUGCAAAGAGGCUCCGGUUGUGCUGAACGCACCCAGGUCUCGCACCGAGGCAGACUAUCUCCAUUAUAGAUUCAUAUUGUGUUUAUACAGCGCAGCCCUUGCCCUUGCCAAAUAAUCAUACUUUUCCUCUCUCAUUAAUUUAUGCCCCCGCAAUCCCAGGCGUCUCUUUGAUACCUUUAACUCUCUUCUUCGCCCUGCUGUGGCCACCCUCAAACUAACCUUACAGCCGAUAGCUUUGCAUGCUACUUUACCGACAAGAUUGAACAGCUAAGGAAAGAAUUCUACCCACCCUGCCUUUCUCUUUCUCAAACAUACAUAGAUCAUGCCUUUCCUACCCUUCAGACUUUCUCCCGGCUACUGAACAAGAGGUGGAUGCACUUCUCCUUUCCUCUCGCCCCACCACUCCCCCGCCCGAUCCUGUCCCAUCUCACCUUAUCCGAUCUCUUCCUCCCCUCUCUUGUGCCUUCCUUAACACACAUUUUCAACUGCUCUCUCUUCUGACGUUGUCCCUGCUGAACUUAAACAUGCCACUUUAGUACUUAUGCUGGAAAAAAAAAAUCUCUUGACCCGUCCUCCACCUCUAACUAUCAUCCCAUAACCCUGCUCUCUUUUUUUCCUUAAAGCUUCUGGAAAGACUUGUCUUAACUUGUAUGUCUCAGUUCCUCAAUUGAGCCUCACAUCCAGCAUGUUGCCAAAUCCUGUAGAUUCCAUCUUAAAAACAUAGCCCACAUCCGCCCCUUUCUUACGCAAGAUGCUACCAAGGAGCUUGUCCAUGCUCUAGUAAAUUCUCUCACAGAUUAUUGUAACCCUCUCCUAAUUGGCCAUAUUGCCCCGCUACAGUCUGUAAUGAAUGCUGCCACCAGACUGAUUUUCCUCUCACCCCUCACCCCUCUGUCAGUCCUUACAUUGGCUUCCUGUAUCCUAUAGGAGUUAAUUCAAAGUGCUAACCCAUACCUAUAAAGCACUGAACAAUUCUAGCCCCUCUUACAUCUCUUAACAAAUCCAUAGGUAUGCUCCUUCUCGGUCUCUCCGCUCUGCCCGUGACCUUCUCCUGUCCGCUGCUCUCACCCGUACGGCCAACUCCUGCUUGCAGGACGUCUCGCGGGCGGCUCCCUUCCUAUGGAAUAGCCUGCCUACCACCAUCAGACUCUCCCCUAGUCUUCAAUCGUUUUAAGAAGUGCCUUAAAACCAAUCUCGUUAGGAAAUGAUAUGGCCUCCCAGCGUAUUGAACCAUUUUCAAGCACAUUAAAAAAACCAACAAAAAAAAAAACCUGCAUACUAAUUCUUCAAGUUUAUGUCCAUUCAGCAGCACCAGAAGAGGUAGUAGUAAUUUGGUGUUGACAAGAACUGCACACUCCAAACAAUUAUUUUGACAUAUGAGGAAAGGUACGACCUGUUGUAGUGUUUUUUUUCAUAAGUUUAACUUAUGAACCAAGCCCCAUUCUAGUCACUUUGUAAGUGAUUAAUGGGAAUCCCAAUGCUGUGCAUUCACUGAGGACUAUUUCAUAAGCAGGAAGAUCAACUAUUUGAAAACUUUUUUUUUACUUUUUUUUUUUUUUUUUUAUUCUGCUACUAAUAACUGUGCAACAAUCUGCUAAUAAUAUGAAUUAAUGAUGAACUAAGUACAUUUAUUUCACUGGAUUGGUGUUGGGUCCUGUAGAAAUAAAGAAGGGGGGGGGGAAGGUGCUGCUUACCUUACAUGUAGCAGGCUCCAUUAUCUCCUUGCCAUAGCUCCUCUCUGCUUUUGGGAAAUCAGUACUUGAUGAUCUGCGAGCCAAUCCAGUGGUGGAAAUAUAAAGCACUGUUUUGCACCUGCAAUUGCUUACCACUUCAUAAGAGGGAAUGCUCUGUUAAGCCUUAAGAGGGGAUUUGGUAUUGGUGUGGUCCUUUCCUUUCAUUUCUUCUAAACAUUUCUUAUAAAAGUGUGUUUUGCCUCUCUCUAUAAAGGACAAAGUUGUAGCUUUGUAAGUGAAUACUAGUUUGCAAUUGUGGUUUGUUUUUUGUUGUUGAUGCUAUAUCAAAGUGAAUUUGAACAAGAGAAAUAUUUACAAAAUGUUUUGUCAUAUAGUGCAGUAUCCUUUUUUUUAUUUUUUUAAAUGUUUCCCUGCUUUUUACCUUCUUUGCAAGAUGUGAAAUAGAUACCAGGCAGGAUAGUAUGUUCUAUCCUUUCAGAUAGAAAGGAAGGUCAAUAUUUGCUAUAUAUCACUCUGGCUUCAGAGAUGCAUUGGGAUAAAUUCACACUUCUGCACAAGCUAAUGGCUUCAGGCAAUGGAUUUACAUGUAACAGUGACAGAGUGACACUUUUUUGUCUUUUCUACCCAGAUAAUUUUGCAAGGUUUGAGAAAUAUAAAUCGGGCCUUGCAUGAAGAUAUUGUAGCUGUGGAGUUGUUGGAAAAGGAGAGUUGGGUGGCACCAUCAUCUGUUGUUCUGCAAGAUGAUGGAGAGGCAGAUGAUAUUGAAUCCACAGAGGAAAAGGAAAAAAUGGUAGGUGUUUUGUUUUUUGUAGAUUAAAACAGACAGAGGAGACCAUGUCUCCCCAAUGGCACCACAACAGAAGGAGAAUUAAUCAGUGCCAUGGGAGUGUUGGCACUGGAAAAGGGUGUAAACCAAGAAACACUAAAGCAUUAGCAAUAGACAUUUAUAGUUUUAAUGAUGUUCCUUGAAGUAACAUAUGCAGAUCUUUUUAAAUAAUGUACACUGUCACAUAUAGGGCAAUUUUAUUAGUAACGUUAAAAUAUGCAGAAGUGCGACACCUCUGUCCAUAUUUUUUUCCCUGUUUGAAGUAUUGCAUGAUAUGCAAUUGUGCUAGUACACAUUGUAGAUCACCAAAUGAAUAGUUUCAUCAUUGAUGCCAAAUAUAGUUUAAUUACAUACAAUUCUUUGUUUAGCUUCACAGUAACUUGAUUUAUAAAUGUAGUGAAUUUGAUUCAAUUUUUGCAGCUGAAAACAGGUGUACAGGGCACAGCAAAACCAUCUGGAAAGGUUGUUGGAAUCAUAAAGAGAAAUUGGAGACCAUAUUGUGGCAUGCUUGCCAAAUCUCAAAUUAAAGAGGUUAGUUCUGCUAAGUAAUUGCAAUCUUCUUCUUUCAUUUCAAAUUCUAGUAUGUAUGUAUGGAAUAUUUUAAAAAUAGGAGUAAAAAAUGAUGUACGAUUUACAGCUGGUUACAGAACAUAUGCAUGUGGAAGCCACUUAAAUAGUAAUUCAUCGGAGUAGAUGGGUCUAAAGGAACUAUUCCAUGUAUUUUAUUUUUAUGUAACAUAUCCUGUGUCAUUUAAAAUACAUGCAUAUGUUUGUUAGGUUUAAAAACAAAAGAUGGAUAUCAAGUCCAGAAGUGUAUUGCAGCAACCCAAGAGUGAGGUUGGAACUAAUGGAACAGUGCUACAGAAAAAUGGGUUAGGAGAUCAAGGAUAGUACAAGCAGAAUUGCAAAUAUAUCCUGCAAGAAAAUGAAAAAUAUGUAAAUCUUUCUAAAUGAAAUUUUAUAUUUUUAGUCUACUCGACAUCUGUUUACUCCUGCUGACCGGAGAAUACCUCGAAUCCGCAUAGAGACAAGACAAGCGUCUACGUUAGAGGGCCAGAGGAUCAUAGUUGCUAUAGAUGGGUGGCCCAGAAACUCCAGAUAUCCUAAUGUACGUAGAGCUGAUUUUUUUUUUUUUUUACUUUUAUUUUUACUUGUUGAAUUGGGAAAAUGUUUAAUUUAAAAAUGUGUGCUCCAAAUUACACCUAAACUUGACUGACUGUGGUUUCUAUUCCAAAUAAGGUAUAAACUAGUGUACAAAUAGAACCGUUGACAUGGAAAAUAAACUCCAACAUCAUCAAUUAUAUAACGUUUUUGGCAAAUGUGUUUACAUACUCGGUAACCUUUAUUUUUUUGCAGGGACACUUUGUUAAGAACCUAGGUACAGCUGGUGACAAGGAGACAGAGACAGAAGUAUUACUCCUAGAACAUGAUGUUCCCCAUCAGCCAUUCUCCCAGACUGUUCUCAGCUUCCUGCCCAAAAUGCCAUGGGGUAUUACACCCCAGGUGAGCACCCUGACAUUUAAAGUGGUUUUCAUCUUCUAGCUUGCUGUGAUUUCUGUAUAGCUUUGUGUUGAAUGAAAACUGUGUGGGGGCGUAUUGUUACACAUUUGUGAAUGGCCACAGUUCAACAAUGCAUUCUAUUUGCACAAUGAUUUUUCAUGUAUUGGAAUAUACAUUCUUUUGUACUUUGGCAUGACUUGAAGGCAGAUCAAGCAAAUAUUUCCUGUUUGCAUUUGGUCAUCCUUAAAGUUUUUGCUGCUUCUCCUUAAAUGUUUCAUUUUAAAAUGGCAGGAUAUGAAGCACAGAAUUGACCUGAGACAUCUUUACGUGUGCAGUGUGGAUCCUCCUGGGUGUACAGACAUUGAUGAUGCAUUACAUUGUCGAGAACUAGAAAAUGGUAAUUUGGAGGUAGGUGACCUUUAAUGCAGUAAAACAUAUAUUGCUUGUCAAAUCUAGCAUUUUAAUAUGUAUUUUUGGACUUGGCAAUAAACUAGAACCACUAUAGGGACAAACCCCAGUGUUAUAAGUGAGGCAGUUUAAAGAAAUAUAUAAUAAUAAAAUAAACGUUUUUGUUCCAUGCUUGUAUUAGCAAGGAACCAUCUCCUUUGAGUUGCACCUUUUUAUACCACUCUGGCUAUUGAAAUAUGUAUUUAUUGAGGUGAGGCAUCCUGUGGUACCAAUUAUAAAACACAAGAGUUACUGCUACCACCUUCCCAUUACAUGCUAUGCACACACAUGUGAUGAACAUUGUCUUCAUGUGAUGCAAUGCUUACAUAUUGCUCAGAACUGUAUGAAGAAGAUUGCGUUACAUGAGAACAAGGUUCUACAUGAAAGGUUAAUUUUAAAGUGAACGUGACAUGACAGAUCUAGGAUAGCAGUUUUCUAACUAUCUUGCCUGAUUCAGGUUAUACAAUUAGGUGUUUCAUCCUUUCAUAUUUGUAUUUAUUUCCAUUACCCCUGUGUCCUUCUGAGAGCAUCAGUCAUGUUUUCAGUAAGUGUUGCCCUUGCUGUAAGGCACACCUCUCCUGCAUACCCCUGUUUGAGAAGCAUCCCAUAACAGGUUGAAAGACCCCAACACUUUAUGUGGGCUUUGUGGUAUGUAAAUAAAACGUAUUCCCCACACUGCUGCUGUCACACACAGCCUUCCCCUCCUUCUCCUUGCAGGCUUGCUGUACUAAACAUAUGGCAAUUUAUUUUCUUUCAAGGUUGGUGUCCAUAUUGCAGACGUCAGUCAUUUUAUUCGACCUGGAAAUGCUCUAGACCAGGAAUCGUCUAACAGAGGAACAACAGUCUAUCUAUGUGAAAAGGUGAGAUUUGCUAACAAACAUGCAUACAGCUUGGAGUUAUAAUGUAGUUAUUAACCACAAACAUGUAAAUAGGUAAAUGUUGGCAUUGUCAGAAAAUGUAUACCUUAUAGUUCUGUUGACAGACACCAACAUUUCUCAGUUGUAGCCAACUUAACUUGAGGUGUUGAACUGUUAAUGAGCAGUUUAACUUCAAAAGACAGCUCUCAAUUGCUCUGCCCCUCUACACCACAAACAGGGUAUGUAUUUUUUUCCACUUCAUUUUUUUUAAUGGGGAUCUAAUGAUGCCAGAUUGAAGACUCCAACAGAGCAAAGCAGUAGAGGAGCCCAGGAUAUCCCUUUACAAGUGGAACAUUUGCCAUGGAAACAGGCGGAACUAGACUCCCUAUUCUAAAUGUUUGCAUCUUUGUUAAUUCUCCCUCAUUUAUAAAUGCCCAGUUCGACUGUAUAUGUUUGGAUUUUUUUCUAUUUAGUUUACAGACCUCACCAAACAUGAGCAAACAGAUCAUGGGAAAUGUCUGUUCCCAUUUAAGGUAGCAGGAUCUAACAAUACACACACACAGUAUGUUCAAAUUAAUUUGUGCUUCUGUUCCCCACCCCAGAGAAUUGACAUGGUACCAGAACUGCUCAGCUCAAAUUUAUGUUCAUUAAGAUCAGAAGUGGACAGGUAAGUGUGUUAUUCCUUAUGUUGUUAUAGUCAUAUGAUCUAUGAUAUAUAUAUCAUAGCAUAGAUUAUCAUAUAUAUAUAUUUAAUAUUUAUUUACGUAUAUAUUUUCAGGUUGGCAUUUUCAUGUAUUUGGGAGUUAACACAUGAUGCAAAGAUCGUAAAUACAAAGUUCACAAAAAGUGUUAUCAAUUCCAAAGUAAGUGCCGUAUCUAUGCCUAUCUAUGCAAUAUGAACUUUACCUUUAGCUUUAUUUGUUACAUAGUUUGUUUUGUUAUUUUUAUGUGUGCAACAUCUUCUCAAGCUUUUUCAUUUGACCUUUGCUGAAUUUUAAUGAUUCAGAAUGAAGACAGUAGCUCACUAUUGUAAACAAACAGGAUUCCAGGAUCAUCCCCUUAGACCUAGUAUGAGUUUGACAAAUCUGAGUCUUCAACAUGAUUGGUUCUACAGCUGGUAACCUUUAUUCCGUUACAUGACGUGCAUUUUUGACAGACCAGUUUUCGUCAAAAUGUUGCCAGCUGCAAUUGGGGUUGAAUAAAGAUAAACCGUCACAGAAUCUAAGGUUUUGAAGAGCAUUCAUUAUUUUUGUUAUACUUUGCUCAAUUUUGGCCACAUUUGAAUGUACUGGUUUUCUUUCUAGAUUGCCAAGACCUUACAUCUGAGCUAUCCAGUCCCCAAAGGCCGGUUUUCCAAUUUAGUUCAGUUUUGUCAACUUCACUAAUAAAGUAAUAGUUUAAAGGGACUCUAUAGUCACCCAGACCACUUCAACUCAAUGAAGUGGUCUGGGUUCCAGGUCCCUCAGUUUUUAACCCUUCAGAUGCAAACAUAGCAGUAUCAAAGAAACUGCUAUAUUUACAUUUGGGGUUAAGCCAGCCUUUUUCAGACAGCCACUAGAGGCGCAUCUGCGAUGCUGGAGGCAUAUUAUGCCUCCAUCGCGCAGAGUGUCCAUAGGAAAGCAUUGAGAAAUGCUUUCCUGUGGACACUUUGAAUGCGCGCGCUGCACUUGCCACGCAUGUGCAUUCGGCUCCGCUGACGGCGGGGGAGGAGAGGUCACCAGCGCCGAGGGAGCCCGGUGCUGGAAUAAGGUAAGCUGCUGAAGGGGUUUUAACCCCUUCAACGCCCUGGGAGAAGGCACUAUAGUGAUACUUUAAAUAAGAUCAUUUGGCAGCCCUUUCACUAGGUGUCUUUCUUUGUGAGACCUCUUAAUCAGAGUUUUGUUUGGGUGUGGAUACUUAAACAAUCUGUUCUUCCAUAAUCUAGAUUUGGUAUAAUGUCUGGUUAUAGUAGACUUUGCAAGGAACAAUAUUUUUUAAUUGCAUUAUUUUUUGAUAGCAUAAGUGGUAAUGCUGUGAAUUACAAAGAAAUAGGAUAUAUCUACCUUAAGUUAUAAUUAAACCUAUACAGCCAGUGUUUGGUAGAUUUUCUAUUGGAAUGUCUCUAGUGACUUUGUCUAGAGUGGGAUAGAAUAUUCUUGAUGUCAGGCAAAAAAAAUAAUCAAAAUAACAUAAAAUAACACUUGAUUUAUUUUUUUAAGAACUUUUGUGUUUAUAAUCUUCUAAUAGUUGCUUUUCCAUAUUCUCUCGCAGGCUUCCCUUACAUAUGCUGAAGCACAGAUGAGAAUUGAUUCACCAACCAUGAAUGAUGAGAUUACCACAAGUCUCCGUCUGCUGAAUAAAUUAGCAAAGAUUUUGAAGAAGCAGAGAAUAGAUAAUGGGUAAAUUAUUGAAUAUGCUUAUUUCAGUGACCUUUUCCGUUCAAGCUCAGCCAUUUGUCCUUGACAAGAAAGUGACUUUUUUAGUUAAAGAUCAAGCACUCAAUGUGUUUGAAGUAGGAAAAAAUAAUGAAUAUACACAACAACAUUUAUAGAAUAGCGUCCUAGUGUUUAUCACUAGGCAUUGACUUUUUUUUCUUGUUACAUUUCUGCACUUAAAUGUAGGUAGCACAAAAACACACACUGUAUACAAUUUUAGGAAAAUAGUUUUUUGUUUUAUCAAGCAUUCACAUUUUCAGAGUUGUAUAGUGGAAAAACACAAAUUUAAAAUGCAGGGUUGUUGCAAGGAAAUUGUAAAGGAAAGCUAUUUUUCCAGCUCUCUGUUUUUGCUUAAAGUGUAACAAUCUUUAAACUAAACAUGCUUGAGCACAAGCUAAGAUGAAGUUUGGUUGUAUUAUUACAUACAUUGUGAUAUUUCAUGGAUCAUAUCUCUUCAUGAUCUUUUAAAGGGACAGUCUAAGCACAGCCUUUACAAAGUGGUAUUGGUGCACAGAUACGUGUUUGGAAAAUCUUAUGCCCUUUUUCAGAGAAAUUAAAAUGUUUACAUGUGUCCAAUACCAUGCUAGUACCUCUCAGGCUGAGAUAGACUUCUUCUUCAUGAAGACAUUCAAAUACCAAAGGUCUUCAAGUUCUGCAUCAUCUCACACAGCAUAAUGAUGAUCCCAAACUGUUGAUGCUUCUCAUUACGAGAAUGAUUAAUGAGAAUUGGACAGAAUUUGUCACUGUUGACUUAAUUGGAAUGAGGGGGGGGGCAGAAAAGUAAUCUACACACUCACCAUUCUAAACAACAAGUGAGGAAUAUAACGGGUUGCUUCUAAUUAUUUACAAAUGGUUUAGCACUGCAUACUAUUAAGACCAGAGCAGGUUUUCAAGCUCUCUGAAAUGUGAGUGGGCAUGCACACUUUGUUUUCCACAAAUUAAAAAAUACACUACACUAUUGGUUCUCUUUUCUAUCUCUUCCGUGUACCCACGAAAACAUCUCCCAGGUCUAUGAGAAGCAGACCAUUUGGCUAUAAGUGAAAAUUUUGGACUGUGUUCCUCUGACUUUUUUCAUUUUUUUUUUUAAGUGUUUUUGUCAUUUAUAUAUUAUUACGUGCAGCCUAUUGUGUGUGUGUGUAUGUUCCUUGCUUGUAAUUGCAUUAUUAUUUAGCGCACUUGGUCUUCGUUCAUUUACUUAAAACUCUAAGGUUAAAAUAAAGUAUAUUUAUUUUAAUGUUAGCGCUUCUGUGAGCCUAGCACUAUCCUUUCGUAUGGAAUUGUUUUUGGGAAUGACUUUACAUUGGUCUGUCUUUAAAGCCUGUCUUUUAAAGCUACAACGUGAAGUGUAAGGUAGAACUUAUCAACUCUAUGUUUAAUUGUUUGUUUUCUUUUCUUUCUUUUUUGUAAAAAAAAAAAUGCUAUGUGUCCUUAGUGUGGAAUACACUUCUACAAGAGCAUAAUCAUUUGUUCAUCUGACAAUCAUAUCCUGUUUAAUAGGCUUGCACAUCCCAACAUAACGGCUUCAAUUCCAUUAAAUGAGUCUGGGAUUGAUGAGGAGAGGCAGGGGAGUAGAUUUAGGGUAUAUAAAAGAACAACUACCUGUGAUAUCUGUGUAAAUUUUUUUUUUUAUUAUUUUUUUUUUUUUCAGGGCUUUAACACUUUCUUCACCUGAGGUUCGAUUUCACAUGGACAGUGAAACACACGAUCCCAUAGACCUUCAGACAAAGGAGUUAAAGUAUGUGUGUAAAUGAGUCUGCUUUGGUCUGUGCUUUUCUUUGACCACCUUAGCAAGCACAUCAAAUGAAUGUUAUUUUUUAUUUUAUUACUGAGCUAACUGUCCUGUUUAGGUGACAAAUUGUGGGUGCCCAGUCGCACAUGGGAGAUAGCAUAUUCUGUCUUUUAAAUAAAGUUUCAGAAAAAUAACUACUGUGCCAUGUCAAUUGGAAUAUAGCAAUGAAAAGUAGGGUUCAAAACUUCGAAUAUUGUAUGUGCGCUCCAAAUACAUAAAUUAAAUGAGAGGAAGUAGAUAAACUGUAUAAAAAAAAAUAUAUACCUUUAAUAAUAAGAAUCGGCUUAAUAAGAACAGUUCAAGAAAUAGAUUCCCACAAUCAAUGUAGAUCUAAUCAGGAAUAAUAUAUCUAAAAAAAAUCUGACAAAAAGACCUUCUAAAUGUUGCAAAAGUGAAAAAUUAAGUGGGAAUAAAAACCAAAUAGGAAAGGUGGUGCAAUUUUGGCAAAAAUCACGUUCAUGGGAACUGAAAUCUGCAUGAUAUAUGUGGCAUCAGUUUCAAUAUUCUAGGUUUAUUGCGCAUACAAUGAUACGUUUAAAGUUGCACUUCUGCAAUGGUGCUUUGCUUUAUACAUAUAAAAAACAAAAACCUGAAAUAGGAUGUGUAAUGACUCUCAACCAGUCCGUGAAUUUAGCUCUUCAUUGUGAAGCAGUGAGUUUCAGUCCCCCAGAAAAAGAAAACUACUUAUACCUAUUAGCAUUAUUCCUUUUUUUUUUUUUUUUUUCAUUUUAUUUAGAUGGUCCAGAAAUAUAAUAAAUUCACACACAAAAAAAAAAAAAGUUUGGUUUUCCUGGAGGAAGUAUCUAUAGUGGCAAUACACAUGUCUAACGGCUCCAGUAUUGGCUACAUAUCUUGACAUAAAAAAAUUUUUUUUAUAUAUACAUCUUGUUUUUCAGAGAAACUAAUUCCAUGGUGGAAGAAUUUAUGUUACUUGCAAAUAUAUCUGUGGCACAAAAGAUUUAUGAUGAGUUUCCCGAAUAUGCUCUUCUCCGAAAGCAUCCAGCACCUCCACCUGCUAACUAUGACAUUCUGGUGAAGGCGGCAAGGUCCAAGGUAAAAGUUCUUUAGCCAUUACAGCAGUGUCAGCAGGAGUGAAGCUGAUCAAAGCAGUUCCAUACUUGUCACAUUUUUUCAAAGGUUAUUAAAGGAACUGCCCAUAGUUGUCAUGAUUCAAAAUGCAGUUUUAUUUGUGUACUUUGUUUCCUUUUGACAUGGACACUCAAUCCUUUUAGCACAACUGUUUGCCAGUAGGGGUUCAAUGCUAAACUGUGCUGUCAGUGGUAUUGAAUUGGAAGCAAGUUCAUGUUCGCUUCUGAUGCCUGUACAGACACACAUUGUGGCAUCCUUUGCUCUAAGACACGCUGCUCUUUUACUGGCGCAGUUUGUUCUGGCACGCCAUAAUACUGUGCAUUUAUGAUAAGCAGUACAAAAACUCUGGAUCUAAUGAGCAUUACUGAUUCUUUAAAUUCUUUUGUACACAUUUUUUUAGAAGUCUUUAGCUAGAAUUGUGUAGAAUUUAAAAGUAUAUUUGACACACCAUUAGACGCUACAAGACCGUUUCUUUACCGUAUGUUAUUUAAAAUUGUAAAAAUGUUAUGCAUUGUAAGAACUUGGAUUUGAAUAGGUAAGAAAACUUGCAAAGUAAGAAUGUGCUAUUCUCUUUGUUAAAUCACCUAAUGGCAAUGAAGCUUUUCACUGGAUGAGAAUCCUUGCGCUGAACGUUGGUCCAUUAUUUUUUCAAAUCCAUCAUUGAUUCGCUACAUCUCAUGGCAUACUGUGUAGACACUUUAUCUGGUUACCUUACAUGUUAACAUUCAGGUGAUGAAUUCACAACAUGUAUUCUAUGAUCCCAACUUUUUUUUUUUUUUAAAUUCAUAGUAUUUUUUUGUGUCUUGUAAUUUUUGUACGUGUUGUUUGUUUUCAUUGUUUUGACAGGAUUUGGAAAUUAAGACUGACUCUGCCAAGGCUUUAGCAGAUUCUUUAGAUAAAGCUGAAUCUCCUGAAUUCCCUUAUCUAAACACUUUACUGAGGAUCCUGGCUACUCGGUGUAUGAUGCAAGCUGUCUACUUUUGCUCAGGAAUGGACAAUGAUUUCCACCAUUAUGGUCUGGCCUCUCCCAUAUACACACACUUUACUUCUCCAAUCAGAAGGUACAGUGAUGGCACAGAAAUCAUUCUCCUGUGUAUCCUACAUAAUGAUGUUAGUGGUGAUAUAAAUGACUUGGAUAAUUUGUACAUUUAAAACAACUUAUGCUACUUGUUGAUUUUGGGAUAAUUCUUUGCAAAUCCUUCUCUUUUGUUUGAAGAGCUCAGGUGCACCAAAUAAAUGGUUAGUACCCUACUGUAUCAAAUGGCAAAUAAGAAAGAAAACAUCACCCAUGUAAUAGAAGGGAGCAUUCUAUAGACCUCUAUUUCCAAAUUAUCAGUAUAGCAAAUAGGGCACGUUUGAUGCAAAAUUUAGACCUAUGCUGUAAAAUGCCGUUACAUGAGUUGUUGGCUUGUAGUGUAGCCACGGUUUUCCAGGCUAAGGGCUUGUUGCUUAAUGGUAGUUUGAUUUCUGUGCAGGUAAUGCAUUCUUUUUCUCUCUAGGUAUGCUGAUGUCAUUGUUCAUAGGCUUCUUGCUGUAGCUGUGGGUGCAGAUAGCACUUACCCAGAUCUUACAGAUAAACAUAAACAGGCUGAAAUCUGCAAAAAUAUCAACUUCAGGCAUAAAAUGGCUCAGUAUUCGCAGAGAGCAUCAGUUGCUUAUCAUACACAGGUAUGUGUCAAAAUAUAUAUAUAUAUAUUUUUUUUAAAUAAUCAAAUAUUCAACAAAUGACUUGUGUUCUACUAUUAAAUAUUAAAAAAAAAUCUAUAAAAUUUGCAGUGACUAAGGUAAAAAAAAAAUGUUGUUUAGCACUUCACACUGCAAAUAUGUCGUGAUAUUUAAAGCGGAAUUGUCACUGCUCUGGAAACUCCACCAUUGAAUAACACCAUGGAAAUCACCUAUAAUUCAUGUUAACCAUUUUUCCAUGUGAUCUAUUUUCUUGUAAAAUAUGUAUUAAAAUAACAUUCCAAGCACCAUGACCACUACAGACAGCUAUUGUCAUAUUGGUGCCAGGAGUGACCUGGCAUCUCCCAGAGUUGUCGAGCCAGUUUUGAACAGCUUGACCUAUUAUCUGGAUCUGUCUGGUGUCCACACCACUUCCGGUUUUUCCUGCGUGAUGUCUUGGGUUAAGCAGGUCCGAUACAGGACUGUGGCCAUCAGUGCCUGAUGUAAUCAAAAAAUGAUUUGAUACAUAUCAGUGCAGUCCUGCUAUCAUAAUCAAUCAACAGUGGUUAUAGUGCUUGUGGUGUUCUUUUACAGAGUUAGUAAAUUACAUCACAACCCAUCUCGGUCCACACAAGACCAUGCAAAUGAGUUAAAAGAGUAGGUGAACAGAAGCAUUGUUUCAAUUUCUACUCAUCUGUUAAUUAUGUUCGAUAGAAAAGAAGACCUUUAUAACUAUGAUUCGCAGGGAGCCAAAAUGGGGAGGUGCCCACUUCUAGGAUAAAUUUGUAGGUUUCUACAUUUUAUUUUUUAAACCUCCGAAAAAUAAACUGCUAAAUUUAGUUAUUUUAUGUUCACAUUUUAAAUUGUUCUCAUCAGUGCGUAUCUUCAGUAGCUGUAGUUGUAAAUUAUUUUAUUUAAAUGAGAAUUAUCUCUGCCACCAGCUCCUUUUGCCAUCUGCAGCUUGGUCUUCUAAGCGUACCCUGGGAUUUAUGUAUUAAGAGCAUUUCUAGGGCUGAUUUUAAAAGCAUUGCCAUGUCAAUACUGCUUACUUCAUAUACACAAUUUGUUUCUGUCAUGGGAGAUGGAACUCCUCAUAAGUGUUCCCUUAAUUAUACUUUGUAUUGUCUGUUUCCCUGCAUUCUAAUGGAAUUGUUCCCUUCUGUUCGGUUACCGAACAGAUUCUGUGGGGUCCCUUUGUUCGCAAAUCGUGUUUAGGCUUGAUUGGAAAAUUGUGCUUGUCCCAUUCUAAAUAUGAUAAAAUGAGGCUUAAGUAUUAAUCUGUGGAUACGUAUUAAUGUCUCUUUUGGUUAUGAUAUUGGAACACAAGGCUUGUUCAUAUCUAAUGACUCCUUAUCUUAGAUGGAAUCAAGACAUAUGGCAAAUGAGAGUGGUUUCAGUAUAAACUAAGACUUCCAGGCCACUUAUGUGUGACUUCUCACACCUUACAGAGUAGCUCUGCUGGGGUCCCAGCUUCAGAGAGGAAUUUAGGUUGUAAACUCUGACCUCCCACACAAUCAAAUUAAUCCCUUUUGAAAUUGACAAUACCACCUCUACCAGGCAGCCAGUUCAUAUAUAAACACAAAAAGAAUUCAGCGCUAGUAAUCACAAAAUUAGUCAAGGUAGGCAGCAACCCAAAUGAAGGAAAACCCCUCGGGUCCUUCGGUGGAUAGAUACAAAAAGAUAUGGAAGGGCUGCGCCAAAUAAGGGUAGAUAGUCCAGUAAAGUAUUGCUAGGGUGCCAAUAGAUGGUCUAGGAUACUUGAUAGAGUUCCUCUGUGGAUGCGUCUGGUGUAGACCGUUCCGUAUAUGUAAAUACAAGAGAGGUAGAGGCGACUAAUGGUAUAGUAUGAAAGUUCAGGGUGUGAUAGGUAACAAAAAGUAAAGAACUCACAUUCAGGAGAGCUAUGGCCAGCUCUGGUGUGGAUUGCGUACAGCGGUAUAAUCCCCGCUUAUGGGAUAUGUAGGGAGGGGUCUCCGUCAGCACCGUCUGGUAGUCCAGAGCUCGAAAAAGAAAGACAGAAAGCAACAAUAGUGCUCUCAAUUUUGAUGUGGUUCAAUGUGCAGAUAAGAAGAGGUAAAAAACUCACAUUUGAGGGAGCUAUGGCCAGCUCUGGUGUGGAUAGCGUACAGCGGUAUAAUCCCCGCUUAUAGGAUAUGUAGCGGCGAUACGUCCGUCAGCACCGUCUGGUGAUCCAAGGCUCCAAUAUAGAAGAAUAAAAAGCAGCAAUAGUGCUCUCAAUUGUGAUAGGUUAAGAGAGUAGUAGAGAAAAUAAAAUAAUACUCACAAAGAUAGAGCAGAGGUACUGCUCUAUGGAUAGGCGCCGGUGGUAUGAUCCCCACCUAGGAUUUCUUGGAGUACUGGAACUUUAAAAUUGCCAAUGGAAGUAAAAGUAACCAGGAAAGGUUAAAAUGCCAGGAAUAGGUAAAAACAAAAGUUGUUUAAAGUGCAUAAAGAGUGCAAUAAAAAGAGGAUUGGUACAAUAAAGUAGCCAAAAAACUUUUAUUGAUCUAAAAUACACAGUAAAAUACAGAAUUAAUAACCAUAAACGCGUUUCACCAUAAGUGGCUUCUUCAGAAUGGGAUAAAAGAUAUCUUUUUGUAGCCAGUUCAUAUAUGUACGAACAUAACUUUCAUUUUACUGAACCAAUCUGAGCGAUUUUUGGAUAUGUUGUGUGCUCAGAUCAGGGCUAUUAUUGUGCGGUUCUGAUGCUGUUGUCAUGCAUUUUUGUGAUAUGUAAAAAUUGUAUAUAAGUUUUCCUAUUUGAGAGAUACUUGGAUUAGCUUAAUUGGAGCUCAGUUAUCUCUCAAACACAAUGGCUUGUGGGCAGGGACGUAUUAGCCGCGAGGCAAAUAAGGCAUUUGCCUUGGGCGACAUUUUCCGGCAAAAAAAGCCGUCCCCAAAUGCCCAGGGCAAAUGUCUUGUUAGCCUGGCGGCUAACAAAAAAAUCCGGUUGGUCGGGCGGCGCUGGCGAGGGAGCACUGAUUAGUGAGCUCUCUGCUCAGCUCCCUCGGAUGACGCAGAGUGAUGCCGGGAGCCGGAAUAUGACGUUACAUUCCGGCUCCCGGCAUCACUCUGCGGCGCGCGUGGGAGCUGAGCAGAGAGCUCACUAAUCAGUGCUCCCUCGCCAGCGCCGCCUGCCCCACUGGACCCCCAGGGAAAAGGAGAACCCUCUCCUCACCCCCCUCCCCCAAGCAUUCCCAAAGGGAAGGAGGCUGGGGGGGUUGAAUAAAAAAAAAAUUAAAAAAAAAUUUAAAGUGUGUGUGUGUGUGUGUGUCUGCCUAAGGCAGCACAAAACCAGUAUACACCACUGCUUGUGGGAAGGAAACCUCUGAUUUUGUAUUAGAAAAAUGAGUGUAGCCUAAUAAAGUCCAGAUUACUGCUUUUAUCCAAUAUGACUGGUUGCAUCCAUUAUAUUGGGGAAACUCUACACAAAGGGAACACUUUCACUAUAUUCUGCACAUCUGGAAUUGGGACUAGUGGAGGAUUGAAAGAAUAACCUCAAUAGACUCACAAACCGUGACAGUUUCCAUAAUCACUGCUUAUGUAAUUGUUUCUCAAUUUUGCUUAUUCAAUAUUAACUUUAAUCAUAUGCUUCUUUAUUACUUUCCCUAUUACAGCUCUUCUUCAAAACCAAGGGGAUAGUGACCGAAGAAGGAUAUAUAUUAUUUGUGAGAAAGAAUGCAAUCGUUGUUUUAAUUCCAAGAUUUGGGUUAGAAGGAACUGUAUUUUUUGAGGAAAAAGAUAAAAGGAAGCCACUUCUAGUUUACAAUGAUGAGGUUAGUAGCAGCAUGUUUAAGGGGGAGAUCUGGAGGUACAUUGGCAAAACAAGUGGUGGGAAGUUAACGAAAAUGGACUGAAGUAUUUAUUGACCGUGUUGCUGUAGCUUGUAAUAUGCUGUAAAAAUCUAAAACAUGAAAAUCUUGUGUAAAUGGAUAAAUUUUUCAUGAAAUAUUUAUUUACUUUUGCCUGUUUAAAAAAAAGCAUUGCGGUUUGGAGUUUGGUUAUUGCUUCUUGUAACCGUGAUCAGCCAGCAUUGUAUGCUCUGCUUGUUUAGUACUGGCAGAUCUGAACAGCAUUACUGUAGAGCAGGACAUCCCAUUGUGAAUGCAAUGCUUGAAUACAAGAUUGUUACAGUUAAUGAUAGACCAUCAUUGGCCUUAAGGGGUUAAAUUAAAAAAUUACAGUUUCCCAAACAAAAUAAAACAAAUUACAGUGCAUGCAAAUAAAAAAAUCUAAAAUUGUGAAAGUGAAAAGAUUGGUCAGUGAGCUCUAUAGUGACUGCCCAAAAAAAUCUACAUUUGUCUAAGUGAAUUGUGUGGUAUUGGUUACUAAUGCUUUAGGUUAAAGGACCACUAUAGUGUCAAUAGUUCCCCCCACCCUCAUGGCCCCCCUCCCGCUGGGUUCCUUCGGCGCUAGGGACUCUCCUCCCUCUUUCGACGAAUGCCCAUGCGUGGCAAGAGCCGCGCACGCAUUCAGUCAGUCCAUAGGAAAGCAUUUCUUAAUGCUUUCCUAUGGACGCAAGCAUCUUCUCACUGUGAAAAUCAGAAGCGGCUGUCACUGAGACAGCCACUAGAGGCAUGAUUAACCCUAAUGUAAACUGCUAUGUUUACAGCUGCAGGGUUAACCCUAGAUGGACCUGGCACCCAGACCACCUCAUUGAGCUGAAGUUGUCUGGGUGCCUAUAGUGGUCCUUUAACAACCAGUAAGUUUUCCAAGUUCUUGUUUGCAAACUGUGGAACUUCUGCCUUGAACUUUUGUCAGUUCCCAUUGCUGGUGACAGCUGUUGCAGACUGGCAAAUUCUUAUCCAUCUUGAGAGUAGGUCAGAGUACUUUUGCAUCACAAUCUCCUGGCAGAUAAAGUACCAGGAGCUGAAGAAGAAGAUUGUGACAGAGCUACUCUAAUUGGAUGUGAACACCAGCAGUUUUUGUGUCAAAUUGUAAUCUGAUUUUAAAAUUUGCACAUGCUAAAUUAUACAAGUAUUGAAACUAACUUAUCCACAUCAUAUGCAAUAUUUUUCUUUUUGUUUAGAUUCCCUCCUUGAAAGUAGAAAACACCACAUUUUACAUGUUUGACAAAGUAAAAGUGAAAAUCACAUUGGAUGCAUCUAACCUCCAACAUCAGAAGAUCCGCAUGGCAUUAGUGGAACCAGAGGUCAGCAUGUUUAAUUUUAAAAUCUUUUUUUUUAAUUUUUAUUAGACCAUUCUUGUUCUCAACAGCUCAGAGCACAUAUGUGCACUUUGAGCUAGGAGGGGGAGGGAGGGAGUGGGGCGUGUGUACAGAGGAGGGGAAGAUUAGAAGAAAAAAAAAAACGGGAGGAAUUAUUAUAAAUUUGUGGAGGUGUAUUUUAUAGACAGAUUUAACAUUACGCAGUAUGGAACAGAGUUCCAGGUUGCCUAAAUCACAUGUACCAGAGGUAUAUCUAGCCCUCGGCACAAAAGUGAAUAUAUUUCAAACAGAAACGCUGCAGAUACACAUUCAUGGUCAUGGUGGUUAAAGUAACCCUUUAAAAAUAACUUGCAUUCAGUACUUUUCAUUACUAGCUAAUUUGAAAUUGUGCUUCCUGUAACCAAAACAUUUGGUGACCUACACCAAGUCUGCUCCUACUAGCUUUGUGUGCACUGGUCAGUCCUGUACUGAAAGGGGGCUCUAACUAGCUUAGAUGAUCAGGAGUGCUGACUUGUCUGCAUCACAUUACUGUCUCAUUGUAUGCAUGUAGUAUCAAUAUCUUGGCCAGAAAAAUCAUCUGUCUAUACUUCCUAAAUACAUUUUUCCUCCACUGCCUCUGCUGCAAAGAGUCAUUCUGAAAACAUUCAAGGAGGAAGCAGAUGUCAUUCUCAUGUCCCUUGGUCAAGAAGAAGCUGGUGUUCUGAUCUUAUGAGGAUAUACAUUUGGCCACAAAACCAGGUUCUGCAAGAUCUGACCUUCUCCUUCAAUUAGCAUUACAACCCAAAGUCUCCUGCCAUUUCAGUGUGACGGCUGAAUGGAAGAUCCUAAGUAGUUAAACUUUUCAAGAGACAGGAGUGUGUCAUUUCCACUAGAUGAUAUAAUAAGGUCUAGAAAAGGUUCUAAUCAUGAUGUUUGCUUAACACAGUCUCCAUUCCACGGCUUCCAGAUGUUCUUUAGUAUGGAUUUUCCCAGGUUCUGCAGCCGAGUAACAAGAAGUUAUAGUUCGCAGCCCUUGUUUGUUUCUUGAAUCUGGAGAUUGCAAGAUGUUAUUGGAUUAAAAUAUUUUCUGAUGCAAUUUCCAGGUCAAAGCAUUGCUGUUUUUCCCCAGUUUCAGAGUGGCCCAAGGCUUCCAAACUUUAGAUACACUCUCAAAACUACUGUUGUCCUUGACUGGGCCUAGAAAACAGAAGAAGGUGUUCUGCAUUGCAAUCUGCAGUUGGCUGAGGAAGGAUCCAGUGACAGUGACCGCUCAUUUUACAUGUGCAGUGUCAAUGUCUUUGGCUGAAAAAAAAAAAAGACAUCUCAAAUAUACAACACAAUAUUUUGGAAUAUUUAGAACUUUUUUUUUUUUUCAGGGCAUUAUCAUCUAAAUAUAUUAGUCUCUGAUUCUGUUUUAAGCAGACAUGUUCUGCCUGCAGUUGUUUGUUAAUCUUACUUUGCACAGGCAUAUCUCUGUUUGUGGUAGGAGGAUGUCAGGGAAACAUUUCCUUUGUUGUCUUUCUAAUUACAUUGACCUAUGAGAGGAGCCUAUGUCUCUGUCCAUGCAAAAGAGAAUGGUAAAGGAAAAACUCUUGGCUUAAAAUUUGUUUGUGCGAAUGUGUGGUAACCCAUAUUUUUAUUUUAUUUUUUUAUUUUUUUUACAGAUACCUGGCUUUAACUCACUAAGUGACCAAAGAAACACAAAUGGUGAACCAACUGUCAAGAAGAGUAAACUAGAAAAGUAGAUGUCUUAUUCAAAAGGCAUAAGAUCAAUAUGUGAACUCUUUUGUAAAUGGUGUACUUUACAACAACAAUUUUAAUCUUAUUUUAUAGGUUUUUUUUUAUACAUAUUUUACCAAGCACACUGUGAAAUAUCAUUUCGGUAUCUGCUUCAGUGGUCUGGAGAAAUCCAAAUAAAGGGACAGUGUCCGAGUACACUGUUUUGAUCUUCAGAUAGAAGCGUUAUGAAUUUAUUUUUUUAUUUAAAAAAAACAAGACACACAUACUGUUUGUGUAUAUAACUAAUACAAUUAAAAAAAAAAAAAAAGUUUUACUACAAACGGAAACUUUACUUCAAAAGCCUACACCAGGGAUAGUCAACCUUUUAAUCCCUACCGCCCACUUUUGUAUCUUUGAUGGUAAAAUGUCC